AUGAAUAAAACUAUUCUAUUGAUAGCAUUGUUAGUAAUACUAACAAACUGCUAGACAGUUACAAUAGCUACAACUUGUACAUGCACAUAAAUGCUCACAGAGACAGAUUGUGCAAAAAGAACUGGUUGCACAUGGGAUAAAACAAAAAAAGCAUGUGCAGUGACUGAAACACCAACAACACCAACAGAUACAACAACUUUUGCUGCUUACUGUGAUUAAUUCAAUACAGCAGAAGAAUGUCCAAAGAAAAACCCUUGUGCAUGGGAUGGCAAGGUUUGUACUCACUUCACUGCAUGCACACCAUUUGUCUAUGAUGAUGAUGCAAAAUGUUAAGCAGUCUCAACCAGAUGUAUUACAGAUGGAGUAAGAUGUGUCGAAAAAGCAGCAUGUUCAACCUAUUAGACCUCUAAAUCAUGUGUUGUUAAUACCUUAGGAAGAUAUUGCUACUGGAACACAGCAGAUGCAGCUAAUCCUAAAUGUGAAGAUGCUGAUGACUGCCCUAAAUUGCCAAUUACAUUAGUAUCUGAUGCUACCUGCAGAGCUUAGCUUUCUAAAUGUACAGCCAAAGAAGGAGGAGGUUGCAUUGAAUUGGGAGCUAAAUGUGAAGAUUAAGUUGCUGAAAUUGGUUGUGUUAAGGACAAAUCAGGAGUAGCAUGCUUUUGGAGUAAAGGAAAAUGUAUAGAUAAGACAUGUGAUAAUGCUCCAACUGAACUGGCUACAGAUUAAGCUUGCAAAGACUUUAUUUCAACAUGUACUACAAAAUAAGGUGGGGGUUGUGUUACAAGAUCAAAUUGUGGUUCAGCUGCAAUUUAAGCAGCAUGUGUUACCAAUAAUUUGAAUGAAGAGUGCUUCUGGAAUGGCACAGCAUGUGUUGAUAAAACAUGUGCAAAUGCUUUGGCCACAAACAAAACUAAUACAAGUUGCUAAUCCUAUUUGAAAAAAUGUAUUACCACAGGAAGUGGAUGCACAGAUAACACUGGUUGUGGUGCUGCAACUAUUAAGGAUGCUUGUGAUAAAACAUUAACUGGAGCUCUCUGCCAUUGGGAUGGAGCUGCUUGUAAAAGCAAGACCUGUGAUAAUGCUGGUAGUCAAUAUGUUGGACAUGACUAAUGUACUACAUUUAUGGCCACAUGCACAGCAAAAGCUGGUGCUACUUCUGGAUGUUAAGAUAGAUCAUGCACUAAUGCUCCAAAAACAAAUACAACAAAUGAAUAAUGUGAAGCUUAUCUACCAAAUUAAAAAUGUGUGACUUAAGAUGGAGGAGGUUGCAGAGUUAAUACAACUUGUGAGGCAAUAAAUUUGGAAGCUGCCUGUAAAACAGAUGGUACUGGUAAAACUUGUUUCUGGGAUAGUGGAAAGUGUUGGACUAAGAUUUGCACUAAUUCACCUACCUCAAAUAACAACCAUUCAUUAUGCAAUGCCUUUUUAGGUACAUGUACUGUAGGUAGCGGUUCAACUUGUGUUGAGAAGACAUGCGAAAAUGUUUAAGAAGAGGCUAAUUGUAAUACUGAUUUAAAUAAUAAACCCUGUGUAUUCAAAGGAAAAUGCUAUUAAAAGUAAUGUUCCUUAGCAUCCAAAGACUUUAAUACCCAUUCAUAGUGCAAUUCAUAUCUAUCUACAUGUACUUUAGAUAAUUCAGGUUUAGGAUGUAUGGACUUACCUAUCAAAUGUGAAGCUAUUACCACUACAGAAGGUUGCUAAAUUAAAAAGGGUGGUGGAAAAUGUGGAUUGAAUGGAAAAAAUUGUGUCGAUUAAUCUUGUUCUACUGCCUCAUCUACUGAUUAUACUACAAGUGCUGGAUGUACUGGUUAUAAAUCAGGAUGUGUUGUUGAUAAUGAUGGAGCGGGUUGUAUUGAUCUUCCUGCCACUUGCGGUGCAAGAAAAUUAUAAGAUAAUUGCCAAAUUGAAUAAACUAGAUCUAUUACUCCAUUAAAAUGUUAAUGGGAUGAUUAAACUGAUGCUGCUUCUCCAGUUUGCAUUGAUAUUAAAUGUGAAAAUGCACAUCUUGUUUCUUUAAAAGCUGGUGUAAGUUAAAGUGGUUGCUGGGGUUAUUAAAGUUUGAAAUGUGUCGUUAAUACAGCUGGAGAUAAAUGUAUUCCCAGACCUAAAGCUUGCAGUGGAUUAGCUGAAGCUGCUUGUAAAUAGUCAGGUUUGAUUUAAGUUAGUGAUACUUAAACUAAGGAUUGCUAUUGGGAUGUAAAAUCAGCAUCUUGUAGAGAUAAGACUUGUGCAAAUAUCACAUUGGAUGCUUACAAUCAUGAUGACUGUAAAGGUGCGAUUGGCACAUGUACAGUAAAUGCAGCUUUAAAUAAAUGCUAAGAUAUAGUUGCAUGUGAUAAAUAUACUGUCGAAGGCUAAUGCAAAAUAGACACAGCAGGAAAUGUAUGUAAUUUUAGUGGUACUUGUAAAGAUAAAUCUUGUGCAGAUGCAGAAGAUUCCGUUAGUUAUGAUAAUGAUGAUGAAUGUUAAACAUUUUCAAAAAAAUGUACAUUAACAUAGAGAAAAUGUGCUUUGAAAUAAGCUACUUGUGCAGAAAUUAAGAAUGAAGGUGCUUGCGUGGCACAUACAAUAGGCAGAAAGUAAUAAUGUGAAUGGAGUAGUGGAGCAUGCGCCAAUGCAACGAUCGACUGCACCCUAGCUACAGGAACAGGAUUUACACUAGAAUAUUGCUAAUAUUUGAGUGCAACAUGCUCUGUGAAAGUAGAUGGCACAGGUUGUCUUACUGCAACAGCAAGCUGUGCAGGUUAGACAGAAGGAAAUUGUGUUUGGGGUAGUACUGAUAAAUUUUGUUAUUGGAAUACAACUGGACCUGCUUGUGCCAAAAUAGUAGAUGCAACUAAAUGCAGUGAUAUUGCUGGAACUGGUCCUGGAAUUUGCAAGAGCAAGAAAGCUUCUUGUACAUGGACAAGUGGAACAAAAUGUACUGCAAACUGCGCAGCUUUCACAGGUCCAUUCAAUUAUGACACUUGUCAAGCAUAUAACCCUUAAUGUACACUCAAAAGAGAUGGAACCGGAUGUGUGAUGACAGUUGCUACAUGUGCAGCUACUUUGGCAGCUAAUUGUACAGGUUCAGAUGAAGGAAAAUGCUAUUUAAGUGGUACUACUUGCAAAUAUGCUACUGGGGCAGCAGUAAUUGUUACAGCCGGCUGUGGUACAAUAACUGGUGUAGGAUUGACUCCUGCUUAUUGUAAAGGAAUUAGUAGUGAUGCAUGUUCAGUAAAUUCGGAAUUGACUGCUUGUAUUGAGAAAUAAGAUGAUUGCGCUGAUUAUUUAACUCCUUUCACAGGUUGUCUUUCAGGAGUUACGGAAACGAAAUGUACUGUAAAUUCUGCCGGUGCUGCAUGUGAAGUAUAUGAUGGUGCUGCUUCCGAUCCUUGCCCCGCUGUAAAACUCUUUAAAACAGGAGCAGUAGCAAUUUCAUAUACCGAUGCAAUUUGUAAAUUAUAUGAUUGCCAGGUUAAAACAGAUAAAACUGGAUGUGAAGCCAUCACUGCCCCCGUUGUUACAGCUCCCACUUGUGCUAGUUAUACUGGUCCAUUUACUUAUGAGGCUUGCAUAGGGUUCUUAAAUACUUGCUCAGUUAAUGCAGCCAAAACUGCUUGUAUCACCAUAUAGGAUACUUGCGGAUUAUAUUCUACUACAGAGUGUGGUUAUGCAAAAAAUGAAGGAGAAUGUGUAGUUUCUGGAACAUCAUGUGUUUAAAAGAGUUGUGAUUCAGCAGCCUCUACUGUUACUACUUUAGCUGGAUGCUAAGCAGUUUCAACAAAUUGUGCUCUUAGAGCAGGAGGAUGUUAAUUCAGAGCUAAUUGUGCUUCAUAUACAGUUUAGGGUGCCUGCGUUAAGAAUGCUAGCGGAGGUGAUUGUUUGUGGAAUCCUACAGCAGCUAAAUGUGUUGAUAAAAGUUGCGCUGCAGCUGAAGCAUCAUCAAGUUUUGAUACUCAUACUAAAUGUUAAAAUGUUGGAAAAUGUACAGUCAAAGCAACUGCAGAAAAGGCAAUUGGCCAAGGUUGUAUUCCAUAGGCUGCUUGUAGUUCAUAUACAAUAGAAGAAUAAUGCAAGAAAAAUGCAAAAGAUGAGAGUUGUGUUUGGAAUACCAACACUGAUCCAGCUACUUGUGCUGACAUAUCAUGUUCCACUGCUCCAAUUGCAUCUUAUAAUGAUCAUGAAGGAUGUAGAGGAUAUCUCGCUGGAUGCACAGUAAAUGUUGUUGAUGUCAAUGGAACACCAACACUUUAAGGAUGCGUUGCAUAUAAAACAUGUAGUUCAUACACUAAUGAAGGACAAUGUAAGGUUAGUAGUGAUAAGGAUGACAAAGGUGUGAACCUUUUAUGUGGAUGGAAUGGAACUGUAUGUGCCAAUAAGAGCUGCUUAACAGCUUAAGAAACUGUGAACACUCCAACUUUAUGUAAGGAUUACUUAGCUAAUUGCACUGUUAACGCAACAGAUAAUGGUUGCGUUGCUAUACCCGAAGCCUGUGAAGGAAUGACAUAAAAUCAAUGCUAUGAAGGAUCAGCUGACAAAUCAUUGAGAAAAUGCUACUGGGAUACAACUGAAAGCAAGUGCAUAACAAAGAAAUGUGAAAAUUCACCAAAUUUUGGAUCAGAAUCAGAAUGUGACACUUAUUUAUCUGGUUGCACCACUGACGCCAUUAAAUGCAAGACUAAAAUAUGUGAAGAUUUCCCAUUAACAACUGAUGCCUUAUGCAAAGCAGCACUCUCCACCUGUACAUCAAAUGGAGUUAAUUGCGUUAAAAGAGGAACCUGCAGUUAAGCUUUAGCUGAAGCUGGAUGUGUUACAGAUUCAAAUACUAGACAAUGCUAAUGGAUGACUCCAACCGGAUAAGAUGCCUAUUGCACAAACAAGAGUUGCACAACUGCCCCAACAUCAUUGACAACUGAAGCUUAAUGUACUGCCUAUUUUACACCUUCAGUUGGAACAUGUACCACCAAGAAAGAUGGAGGUUGCACACUUAAGGGAGCAUGCACAUCUGCUAAUGUUGCCGCUGCUUGUACUACUGACAGUAACAAGAAUGAAUGUUAAUGGGACACUGAGGCUAAUAAUUGUAGAUUAAAAGAAUGCAAAGAUUUUGCUGGAACAACCCAUGCUGCUUGCUAAAAACAAAGAACAGGUUGCACAGCAGGAUUAAAUGGAAAAUGCGCUAAAAUGACUAAUUGUUAAGAUAUUAAAGUUAGAUCUGCUUGCAUUGAAGGUAACGAUGGUCCUUGCUUGUGGAUUGCUAAAUAUGUGAAUGCUGAUUCUACCCUUGGAGCUUGCUUCUCUUAUGAAUCAUGCAAGAGUUUAGAUUGGACCUCUGAUCCCAACUGCAAAUUGAUUUCUUCAAAUUGUACAACUGAUGGAACUGAAUGUGUUGGAAUUACAAGUUGUGCAGCCACAAACAUUAAGGGAGGAUGCAAGACAGGAACAGAUGGAUAAUGUAUCUAAACAGUAUCCGCUAAAGGAGCUACUGACACUAUUUGCAAGAAGUUUUCCUCAUGUGCUGAUGCUUUCUACUUAACUCAUGAUGAAUGUAUUUCAGCUAAUCCAAAUUGUACAUCUGAUUACGUCACUGGAUGUAUUUCAUUGGCUGCUUGCUCAACAUAUACCCAAAACUAAUGUUUCAGAAACAAGGAUGGAGCAUAAAAAGAUGCUAAUGGAGGUAUUACAUCAACUGGUAUUUGCGUUUGGGAUGAUACUGGCAAAUAAUGCAAAGAUUAAUAAUGUUCAGAUCUAACCUUCACUACAGAAUCAGAAUGCUCUUCCAGAUUGAAGACAUGCACAUCAGAUGGAGUCAAGUGUCUCGUUAAGGGAGCUUGUAAUAGUUACACAACAUAAGGAGCCUGCAACGUUGCUGGUGGUACUGAAGGAGCUUGCUUCUGGGUUGCAGCUGAUGCUACUGGAAGUUGCAGAACUAAGAUCUGCUCAGAUAUUCCAAAUGGUACAACAACCUAAGCUUGUUAAGGAGUUGCCAAUUGUGUUUCAAAUGGAACCGCUUGUAUUGCUAAAGCUAACUGCUCAACAUACGCUACCAAGACUGCUUGCAAUUCCAAAGGAACUGAUGGUAUUUGUGUUUGGACUGAAACCACCACUGGAGGAACCACAACUGGAAAAUGCUCUUUGAUGACUAGUUGCGCUUCAGCAGCAGGUGAUACUAAUGCUUGCACAUAAGCUAAUGAUAGAUGCUAAAUGAACGCAACAACCAAACUUUGUGUUGAUCACACUUGUGCUACAUAUGCUGCUUAAGUCUAAAGUUGCAAAUUCUUCUACACUUGGGAUUAAAAGAAAUACAACGUUUGCUCAACAGUCAAUGGUGUCUGCACUGCUACUACUGCUGAUACAUUAAAGGAAGGAGAUUGCUACACUUUGACAGCAUAUCUUUACUCAUGGAAUCCAGCAAGCUCUAAAUGUACUCAAUGUGGAACAGUUGUCGUCCAACCAAACAAUACUGAUAACAAUAAUUCAAGCACUGGUAACGAGACCAAUACAGAUUCUGGUUAUAUUCUUGGAUUUACCUCAAUUGUAGUCGGACUACUCAUGUCCUCUUGA